CUGGUUAUGCUCGAAGAGUAACGUACUGCGGUCAAGAACUGGGGAAGGAAUAUUCAAUCGGAAUUGGAAGAGGAAAAUUAUUCCAAAAGAGAGCUCUAAGUUUCCAGAAGGAGUUCUCUUUUGAAGACAAAGAAGAAUUUGUCAAGAGCACAAAAGACAUAGACGCCAAUCUACUUGCUGUACUUCCUAAAGUUUCAGAACUUCGAAAACUUUUUGAAGCUGGUCAGAAAGCCACUGUCGAAAUGAACAGGAAAGAGCGAAUUGCCAGACGUUUGGAAGGAAUUGAGAAUGACACACAACCAGUGCUCUUACAAAACUGUCCUGGUUUAGUCACUCAUCGCUUGCUGGAGGAAGAUACUCCUAGGUACACACGAGCUUCUGAUGCUUGUAGCCCAUGCUUGGCUAGAAGAUCGGAUAAUGAAGGAUUAGACCAUCAGUCAACUGAAGACCUGUCAGAAAGGCAGUCGAGGCCCAGAUGCCGUGAAGAGCCUGACCAUAUGCACAGCGAGUCCAAGUAUAUGGUUGGCAUGGACACCGAAGCACUAGAAGCCAAAGCUGAAAGAAUAGCCAGAUACAAGGCUGAGAGAAGACGACAGCUGGCCGAAAAGUAUGGCAUUGCCCUGGACUCUGAACCUGACAGCAAUACGCAGAGAAACCCGCGAUCGCGGAAGGAGGUUGAGUUGGAUGAAAAGGUGCCGUCGCAGCCAGAUCACAGCGAUGACUCGAGUCCAGUGCAGAGUUCUAGGGUUGAAAUGGUCUGGGAACCAAAGACGCUUUCGCCUGGUGCUCCGAAUGAAAGUUUCUUCUCCGACAGAGUUGAUUUCUCUGAGAGAGAAACCCUCCUCAACAAAGAAAACCACAAAAGAGCGCAUAAAGCGAUUGCCAAAGGAAGAGACUGGGAGCUGACGUGCGAUCGCGACUUUAACGAGUCUACCGUGACCGACGCUCCAGGCUCGCCACCGUCCCCUCGGAGGUUUUCGCUUUCCUCCCCAAAGCGGUCCAUUGAGUCAUGUGAUUCAGUUAGUGAGCAAUGCCAGAGUUUGCAGAGUAAAAGAGGCAAUUCAAUGAAAGUAAGGAAUGAGUGGUUGCUGGAGAGAGAUUCCAAUGGCGAAACACCUUCUCUCAUCAACUGGCCUUCCAGAGUAAAAGUUAGAGAAAGAAUGUUGAAAGUGGAUACACUUCGGAGAAGCCCUGAAAUAGUCAAAGACCUGACCCCUGGACGAUCUCAUUAUAUCUCUGGCCAGUCGGAACCUCCAACUGCUGAGAGAGUUGGUAAGUCCAGUGCAGUCCACCAGCCAGUCUUUAUCCAGCCAUCUGAUCCAGCUGCCUGUGCCAAGGCAAUAACAAAAGAGCCCAAAAGCAGCCUGGUUAGUAAUUGUGUUCCAGGCAGUAUGAACCUUUCGACAAAAGCUGAGGAGGCGAGCGAGACCACGUUUGGAGGAAGAGCUGUUUACAGUCCUGAUUCGAAGCUGGCUGAAUCUGGCAGAGCUAAGAACUUACUGAAGAGCCGUAAGGCAGUCUUGCCAUCUCAAGUUCGGAAGCAGGAAAAGAGCCUCGAAGAACAUUUCUCAGACAAGCGAUCAUUGCGUUCCCACCUGGGCAAAGCAGGUGAAGGUGAGGGGGCACUUUUACAAACGCUUCCCGUCUACAAAGCGAGGGUCCCUGUGCAGGAGCACUCCAAACAACUCAAAUCUCAUUUCCAGUCUGAUGUGAGCAGGUACAAACCUGUGAAUACUAACCAAAGGAGUGAGACAGUCCUGUUUAUUCAGAAAGAUCCUGGGGUACAUACCCACACUGACCCUGGGAGAGGAAGAGAUCAAACCAGUGAAGCAUGUGUUGAACAGCACAAACCGAAAGCAUCUGAGCGUUUCGAAGCACCAAAGGGGGAAAUCCUAAAGAGGGGAGAGUUAGACCAGCGCAUCGAUGUGGAUGAGUUUGAUGGAGAUCCUGGAGCAGUCGACACGAGAGUGUCUGUUGCUAAACUUCGAAGCGUUUACCUGGAGACGGCCAAUGGCAGCAGAAGCCAGGAGCUUGAAGCUAAUGUUGACUUGGUGACAUCGGGUCUUGAUUUGGCUGCACCCGCUGAGAAGGAGAAAGUCCACCGUAGGCCAAAACGUUACAUUUCCUUUGGUGAGAAUAGGAAGACUUCUGAGAGGUUUAGAACGCAACCUAUAACCAUAGCAGAACGACAGGAGACCAAUAGGUCAGGGCUGGACUCACAGAUAGUGGCUGCUGAAGGAGAUGAAGAGAAGUUGGAUGAAAGAGCAAAAAUGAGCGUGUCUGCAAAGAGGUCACUUUUCCGUGAGAUGGAAAAGGCAACCCUGGCCACCAAACCCCGUUCGAAGAAUUCAGCCGUGGAGAGACGAUUACGGCGGAUGCAGGAUCGGUUCCAUACCCAACCCAUCACGACCGAAGAAGUAGUUAUUGCGUCCAGUGAACCCACCCCUGUCUCUCCUACGGUGACUGUCCACACAGUCAUGGCGAGAACCAGUAGCCCCACUGUAGUAAACUCCAAUUUGCCGCCAAUCAGACUACAAGCAUCUGCCCAGUACGCUAUGGGAGAACAGAAGGCGAGUGAUGCCAAAGAAUUGACAGAACAGGGUCAGCCUGAAGAACCAGACAUCUCAACGCUGAGUCUGGCUGAAAAGAUGGCCUUGUUCAAUCGACUGGCGCAACCUGUCACCAAAGUAAUAACUGCAAGGAAUAGAAGUAGCACCAGGCAGAGACGGUCAAAUGCACGAUAUCAGACCCAACCGAUUACACUGGGAGAGGUUGAGCAGGUGCAGUACGGAAAUGAUAUGAUAAAGCCGCUGUCUCAAUCCGUGGUCAAGUCGCUAACCAGUCAAGAUGCUACGGUUUCUACAGGCUAUGCUGGCGACCUGCACCUCACUACUUCUUUAGUUGAUGAGGGUAGUUUACAUAUCAGCCACGUGCCAGCAGAAAAGUCAGGCCUAGCUUUCCACAGUUCACUUGCUGGUGCCGAUCUUCCAAGUAAGAGUGUGCUUAGCCAAGACCUGGUGCAUUCAUCGCAAGAAAAGUCAUCUGCAUACAGAGAAGCAAUAAAAGAAGGUGCUGAGAGGGACAGUAAUGAUGAUGAGGUAAAAGGGUUUGUGAGACACAGCAACAGCACCAUUCAUAGUUGUAGCCUUAUAGGAGCUGAACCCCAGCAACUCAUGAGCAUAGGUGAGAAGAAUGUGGAUAAAGGACCUGGAGUUGGAGACGUGCUCAGUCCAGAAACCUUUCCAAUGGCCUCUGAAGUGAGCUGCUUCAGGUCCCAAAACGUGUACGAGAAGGUUGAAAUGAAAGGAAUCGAAGAAAGAAGCUUUGAUGAAACAGUGGACAUGGAGCAUGUUGUGAAAAACAAAACCACUCUCACUGAACGAGUGGAGCGGACUGCUGAACUGAAGGAAGCAACUGCAUCACAGACCAACAUUGUGACACCUUCCAGACAUUCAUCGGAUAAGCAGUCGACUACCCAACCAGAAAAUAAGGUGUCUUGUGAUAAGUCAAAACUGGAUGAAAAACCUGAACAUAACAAAGAAGUCAGCGAUUUGACUACUGCUUCGAAAGCAAUGUCUAUUAAAGAAAGGAUGGCUUUAUUAAAGAGAAGUGGCGAAGAGGACUGGAGAAACCGUUUUAAUAAAAAGCAGGACAGUGCCAAACUGACCUUGACCAGCCACUGCAGUCUGUUUCAGGAAACUGAACAAACUUACAUUAAAAAGGAAGAAGGAGAGUUUACUGAUGACAUCUCUAUGUCUAAUCAGCUCUGGGAACCCGUUUAUUCUUCCACUUACUCUCCUGCUCUUUCUGCCGCCCAUACAUGUCACCACUUUGUGCACCAGGUCGCUUCUGCUAAUGCCAGGGAAACAAGUCCUCAGCUCUAUGAUGAACGUCAUCCCUGGAGAUGGAAGAGGAUGGCGGACAAUGACGCACGCAUGACAAUAGAAGAGAGGAAACAACUGAUUACUAAACGGGAAGAGGCCUGGAAGAUUAAGGGCAGAGGAGCUGCCAAUGACUCCACUCAGUUUUCUGUAAUUGGAAGGAUGGUAAAGAAAGGUUUGACUUCACCCACGUUCAUGAGUCCAGCCACUUCACCUAUUGUGCAAAAGCUGAAGAACAGUGCUCCAGUGAUUUCUAAACCACAAGAAGAAAUUGAGGUCAGGCCUGACUUGCAUUUGGAAACCGACGAGAAACUCGAUAAACUGGAAUCCUUCUUAGGCAAGCUGCACAACAGGACACCAGGACAGCGGGAGACAGUGAUAGCUGUCACCGCACAGUGCGUCAAGGAGGUGAUGAGACCCGAUGAUGAAGAAACGUUCAUGAAAUUCUACAGAAAUGCAAGUGACUUUGUGGUCCAGCCCGGCGCUGUGGAGAUCGAGGAAGAGGAUUUUGAUGCUAUAUUUGAUCCCGACAUACCAAAGCUGAUCUCGGCAGUGGCAGAACACAAGAGAGCUAUGAAACCAACGCGCAAAGUGCAGUCUUCUCGCAAUCCACUCAAAAUGCUGGCGGCAAGAGAUGACAUCCGACACGAAUAUACAGAACAGAGGCUGAACGUUGCAUUUAUGGAGUCAAAAAGGAUGAGAAUGGAGAAAAUGUCUAAAAACUCCAACUUGGCGGAAGUGGCACUAGCUGGUCUGGCGAGCAAGGAGGACUUCAGCAGUGUGAACCUCCGCAGCGUGAACUUACUGGAGCAAGUUUCAAACAACAGUGCAGUGCCAUACAAGAAGCUGAUGCUGCUGCAGAUUAAAGGGCGAAGACAUAUUCAGACCAGACUAGUGGAACCGAGAGCAUCAUCUCUGAACAGCGGAGAUUGCUUCUUACUUCUAGCUCCUCAGAACUGUUUCCUGUGGACAGGGGAAUUUGCUAAUGUCAUAGAGAAAUCCAAGGCUGCUGAACUGGCUGCUUUUAUUCAAACUAAACGGGACCUUGGCUGUAGAGCACCCUAUGUGACCACAAUAGAAGAAGGAAUUAACACCCAGAGCAAAACUGCCAAAGAAUUCUGGAGGCUCCUGGGUGGGCAGUCCAGCUAUCAAGACGCUGGGAAUCCAGAUGAAGAUGAACUGUAUGAAAGUGCAAUAGUAGAAACCAACUGUACUUACUGCCUCGUAGAUGAUAAAUUAGUUCCGGAUGACGAGUACUGGGGAAAGAUACCACGCUGUUCUUUGCUUAAUUCAAAAGAUGUUCUGGUCUUCGAUUUUGGCAGUGAGGUGUACGUGUGGCACGGAAAAGAGGUCACCCUCGCCCAACGAAAGGUGGCCUUCCAGCUGGCCAAGCACUUGUGGAACGGUACCUUUGACUACACCAACUGCGAUAUCAAUCCUUUAGAUCCAGGCGAAUGCAACCCAUUGAUACCAAGGAAAGGUCAAGGUCGCCCUGAUUGGGCAAUCUUUGGCAGGCUGACAGAACACAAUGAAACAAUUUUGUUUAAGGAAAAGUUUUUGGAUUGGACAGAAGCAAAAAAGCCCUUGCAAAAGAAUCCAGUAGAAGAGGAACCGAAAAUGCAGCAAGAACAUAGCAUUGAUCUCAAACCGUACAAUGUUUCGUUAAUGAUCCCUCUGUCGCCGGCCUUGGUUGGGGCAGUCCUGGAUGGCUUGAAUGUUGGACGUGGCUACGGAAUAGUGGAAGGAGAUGAUGGAAGGCAGUUUGAGAUCAGUAUCCUCUCUGUUGACGUGUGGCACAUACUUGAAUUUGACUACAGUAGGUUACCCAAACAGAGCAUUGGGCAGUUUCAUGAAGGAGAUACAUAUGUUGUGAAGUGGAAGUACCUGGUGAGCACUGCAGUUGGUAAAAGACAGAAGUUUGAGCUAUCGCGCUCCACGGUGGCCGGGAAGGAGAAAUGUGCGUACUACUUCUGGCAGGGACGACACUCCACAGUCAGUGAGAAAGGGACUUCGGCUCUUAUGACUGUGGAGCUUGAUGAGGAGCGUGGAGCCCAUGUCCAGGUGCUGCAGGGCAAAGAGCUACCGUGCUUUCUGCAGCUGUUCCAGGGAGGGAUGAUCGUACACGCCGGGAAAAGGGAGGAGGAAGAGGAAAGCUCACAAAGUGACUGGAGGCUGUACUGCGUAAGAGGAGAGCUUCCUCUGGAAGGAAACCUGCUUGAAGUGGCUUGCCAUUGCAGCAGCCUCAGAUCCAGAACGUCUAUGAUUCUACUCAAUGUAAACAAGGCUCUUAUCUACCUCUGGCACGGCUGCAAAGCACAGACCCACACUAAGGACGUGGGAAGGAAUGCGGCAAAUAAAAUUAAAGAACUAUGCCCACUAGAAGCUGGACUGCACAGUAGCAGCAAGGUGACUAUACAUGAAUGUGAUGAGGGCUCAGAACCAGUUGGAUUCUUUGAAGCGUUGGGAAGAAGAGACCGAAAGGCUUAUGACUGCAUGUUACAAGAUCCUGGGAAAUUUAACUUCACUCCUCGACUCUUUAUUCUGAGUAGUUCAUCCGGAGAGUUUGUUGCCACCGAGUACCUGUAUCCUUCCCGAGAUUCGGCCAAGGUCAACUCAAUGCCGUUUUUGCAAGAGGAUCUAUACACGGCCCAACAGCCAGCUUUGUUCUUGGUGGACAAUCACCACGAGGUGUACCUUUGGCAGGGCUGGUGGCCCACAGAAAAUGAAAUUGCAGGGUCCGCUCGCAUACGCUGGGACAUUGACCGCAAAUGUGCAAUGGAGACAGUACUACAGUACUGCAGAGAAAAGAACAAGAAGCCACCAAAGUCCUAUCUGAUCCAUGCUGGUCUUGAACCGCUGACAUUUACCAAUAUGUUUCCCAGUUGGGAGCACAGGGAAGAUGUUGCAGAGAUCACAGAAAAGGAAGCUGAAGUUUGUAAUAAAAUAAUCCUGGUGGAGGAUGUGUUGGACAAGCUGUGUAAAACUCAGUAUCCCCUGGAGGAGCUGCAAGCACGACCCCUGCCCGAGGGAGUUGAUCCACUAAAGCUUGAAAUUUAUCUGACUGAUGAAGACUUUGAGAAAGCGCUAGAAAUGAUGAGAGAAGAGUUUAACGUCCUUCCUUCCUGGAAACAAGCCAAGCUGAAGAAAGCAAAGGGACUGUUCUGAGUAGUUUGUAGACGGAUGUUUGUUUUUUNCAAAACAUGUGCUUAGUGUCGGAGCUUUCACCGAAGAUCAUUUUGACGUCCUUGGAUCAGUCAUGGAUUGCAUGGUUUGGUCAACAGACGGAACAAAAUGUAGAAGCAAAUUGCACAUUUUACGUUCGAGGCAGAGAUGCCUUUUUUGGGGGGACGGGGGAUCUUGUCUAUUGUGCAUGUUAAAGAUAACUCUGUACUGAUUUUCAACAGUCUUGACAUUCAGAUUUACUGAGACGCUGCCAUUGUAUGCGUUUGACCCGAGUAUGCACUUAUGGGCAGCCGUUGUUACUCUGCCAUAUCCUGCCUAUGUAUCUGGAAGGCGAUAGUUUUGUAAAGUGUUAUUUUGUGUGUAGCAGAUAGUAAAAUCAUGAAGAAUUUAUAUUUAUAUUAUACAAUAUGAAAAAUGACUACAGUUUAACUACUAAAUAUUUAAAUUGUUCAUGCAAUGUAUUCACUUUAGGAGGUAUUUUGUGUUAAUCAGAGAAUACAAUAGCUAGGUGAAUGGAAAUUGUACCAAGACAUGCCACAAAUACCUUUCUUUUUUUUUCUUUGCAUUCGUAAAAUCAGGCUGUCAAGUCUCGAGCAUGGUCUCCGUACUAUUCGAUACCGCCAUUCAACUGUAUUUAUGGCAUGGAUUAAUUGAGGAAAGAAAAACUGCGCAAAUCAAGUUAACUUUUUACGUGAAUCUAUAAAAUGUAUAGUGCCUUGCUUUUGUGUACAGUUUAUACUACAGAGCAGAUGUCUGAAUUUUGAAAGAAACAGGUGUUUUAAUAAAAAGCCUCGUUCAAUUAACUUGUUAUAAUGUAGAAGUUUGAACACCUCUGUUUCUAAUGCUAGUAAAAUGCCUAACAAACUUCCUUUUUUUUGUGAUACAAUUUAGGAAAAUAAACAUUGGAGAAUAGAUUCAUA